CGGGCCGAGUUCCUGGUGCGGGCGGGUCACGUCAGGUGAGGCAGUAGGGUCUGGAGACAUGGCGGCGCCCGGCCCAGCGCUCUGCCUCUUCGACGUGGACGGGACCCUGACGGCCCCGCGGCAGAAAAUUACCAAAGAAAUGGAUGACUUUCUACAAAAAUUGAGGCAGAAGGUCAAAAUUGGAGUAGUAGGAGGCUCGGACUUUGAGAAAGUGCAGGAGCAACUGGGAAAUGAUGUGGUUGAAAAAUAUGAUUAUGUGUUUCCAGAAAAUGGCCUGGUGGCAUACAAAGAUGGGAAACUCUUGUGUAAACAGAAUAUUCAAGGUCACUUGGGUGAGGCCCUAAUCCAGGACUUAAUCAACUACUGUUUGAGCUACAUUGCGAAAAUUAAACUCCCAAAGAAGAGGGGCACUUUCAUUGAAUUCCGAAAUGGGAUGUUAAAUGUGUCCCCUAUUGGAAGAAGCUGCAGCCAAGAAGAACGCAUUGAAUUCUAUGAACUCGAUAAAAAAGAAAAUAUACGACAAAAAUUUGUAGCAGAUCUGCGGAAAGAGUUUGCAGGAAAAGGCCUUGCGUUUUCCAUAGGAGGCCAGAUCAGCAUUGAUGUCUUUCCUGAUGGAUGGGACAAGAGGUACUGCCUGGGACAUGUGGAAAAUGACGGCUAUAAGACCAUUUAUUUCUUUGGAGACAAAACCAUGCCAGGCGGGAAUGACCAUGAGAUCUUCACAGACCCAAGGACCAUGGGCUACAGUGUGAUGGCACCCGAUGACACGCGCAGGAUCUGUGAAGAGCUCUUCUCCUAAUGCUCCUUCCCAUGGGAGAGGAGGGAGGCCCAGCUGACAAGCCUAAAAGGGUCAUUUGGUGGCCAAGCCCGGAUCCCUCCCUCCCAUGCCCACAGGACAUUCACGACUAUCCAACCCAGGACAGAAAUUUUAAAACCUGAAAUGCAAUACCUGCUGAGUGUCAGCUUGGUGGGAGCUUUGAGACCAGGGCACUGUUAUCAGACAGUGUGAAGCUAAGUGACUGUGUGGCCUCUGUUUUCCCACCUCACUUCCUGUUUGAGAGCCACAGACCUUGGCGUGGCCUGUGGGUGGCUGGCUGGCCAAGACAACUCUCCUGAAGGAAUCUGCACCUCUGCCGGCUUAGUACACAGGUUAGCUCAGUGUUCACUGCACAUUAAGGAGCUGGUUCUCUGUCCAUCAAGAUGGGAGGAAAUAGGUCCCAACAGGCCUGUUGAGAGUCGGCUCUGAGCCCAGGUUCAGAGACUAAUUUGGGUGUCACACUUCACCAAAGAGCCUUCUCACUGGACCUGGCUGGGCUUCCUGGGGGCCUGAUUUGCCUCAAGUUUCUCAGGGAUUGGGUGGGUGAAAGCCACAAUAAUGAACAGAACAGAAGCUGCCCUAUUUCUCAGCAGGUCUUUGAAUAAAUAAGCACGUGGACCCUGGCCCUCACCCAGACAGCCUCAAGGCUAGGAGCGGCCAUGGUUUGCUUGGGGCCCUCCCUUCCUCCUACCCAGGUUCUCCAAAUUCCUUGUGAAAUGGGAAGGCAUCUCCAGGCCCUAAUCCAGAACAGGGUGGAGACAGCUUUCCCCGGCAACAGUUAACAUGUACUUCUUAGCAUCUGGAAACGUUGGGACCGUGAGCCUGCCACAGAUUGGUGCAGGGGCCGGGGUUUCGACCUGAAUCCAUGUGCUUUGCACCCUCCACCUUCCUGCCCCACCAGGUGCUUUCGUCACAGAGGAACCUGGUUUCCCCCAGACCUGGCCCCGGGCUUCUCUCAGCUCUGGGUCAGUCUGCCUGCCCCCAUUUACCACACGGUUGACAAUUCUUAACUGUUCCCAGGAUGUGCCAUCCGGUGGCAUCUUCCCUUGUUGAAGUAUUUUGCAAAUGACCUUUCAAAGGUAUUUUGUAAUGACCUUUCAAAAUGAAAAGUAGCAAAUUAAAUUGAUUUUAUUGUUUCU